CUAGCCGGGCCAGGAACUAGCAGUAGCAUCUGGUGAAGCCAGGUUGGUGUGGAUGCUCGCGCUCCCACUGGCACUUCUAGGCCUCAACACCUGUCUCUCCUCAGCCUCAACACCUGCGUCUCCUCAGCCUCAACACCUGUACAUCGUGUAAUACCGCCACUGAUAAAGAAAGUCACGUGUGAGGCGGCGAGUGCAUGUUAGGACUUCACCUUCCACGCUUCCAGGAUGGCUGAAGUACUAACUAUAGUGGCUGAGGAAAUGGGUAGAGUGUUUGGCAUGGUGUGGAGUGGAGUUGGAGUUGCGAUUCGUUUAAACAACCAGGUCAUGACGACAGUUCUCAAGGCAUCCACUCGCAUCGUGCAGGUCCUCUUGCUCCUCACACACAAGGCUGCCGAUUUGUUUUCUGUGCUAACAACUGACCUUCUGCUCUUCCUAGGAGAUAUAGGAAAUGCGGUAUUUGCUCUGGGAAUGGGUGUACAUGCUGUUGUGACAACUUUGUUCAAUUUUGUGAGUGGCAUUCUCCUGGGUAUAAUAGCUGCAGCUAUGUUCUCAUGUCAGCUUGUCCAGGCCUCAUACUGUGCCAUUAUUUCUGGUGUGAUGACUGCAGUGGCACAGGUGGGGAACAUCCUUAGAGUGCUGAAACAUGCACUCGUAUUGUUUGGCUCAUCAAUAGUGUUCAUCAUAGGCCUUGUUCCCAAUGUGUUAUGUCUUGUAUUUACUGGCUUGGUUCACCUGUGUUCAUAUGCUUAUCUUAAUUGCAGUCAGGCAGUGAACAGCUCAUGGCUGUCAUUACAGUAUGCUGUAAAUAUGUGUGUGUCUGGCAUUAUCACUUUUGUUCAUGAUAUACCACUUGAAGCAGUUGUAGGUGUAGUCAUGGGGUUGGCUCUAAUUAUUGGCUUGAAAUAUGCUCUCUUUUACAUGAUGGACAAUAUGAUUUUAGUUCCGGACAUGCAAGUACCUACAAUGUUUAUUGUGACGAGACAGAGACUCAUUCGCUGGUACAUGGCAGUGGUGCGACGAGCACAUGAGAGGCCUCCAGUAGAUAUUGACACAGAAGAGGAAGAAUUGGAUGAUGCAAAUGAUGAGAAUGGUAAUGACAACAAUGAUAAUGUACCUGACCUCAACUUACCUCAGAACCAGUUUUUUGCUCACCAAAUGAAUAUGGCUAAUCCAGCUCCCAAUCAAGCACAUGAGCCUAAUAUCUUUCCAUUAAUGAACGGUGGUGAGGUUCCACGAAACCCUGCACCGGCACCACUCUUGGCAGUAGGCCUCACAAGACGGCCAAUUGCUCGCCAACGCAUGCAUGAACAGCCACGUGAAAACAUUGCACUUUCACCAGAAAGUAGCAUUUCAGAAAUUAAGAAUGGACGCGAAUCCACUAACAGGGCAGAUGGACAAGCCUAUCAGCUAUAUAGAGAACUAGAACAGGAACGUGAAGGUCGUUUAUGUAUUGUGUGCCAAGACCAAGUUAAAUGUGUCAUACUGUUGCCGUGUCGUCACCUGUGUCUGUGUGAUGCCUGCCGCUCAGCUAUCAUCACCAGAGACAACACUUGUCCAGUUUGUCGUAGACCCAUCAUGGAGACAUUGCGAGUUUAUGUAUGAUAUGUGGCAUUGACUAUGUAUUCUAUCAUAAAAAUAUAAAUUACUUGUAGAUAAAUAUAGUUGAGAUAUUUGAGUGUUUUUCAUAUUUAUGGAAGAAAUGCUUUGUUUGAGCAGUCUAAUUGUCAUAAUAGAGCAGUAUGAAGCACUUAUUUUGAAACUUGGGCUGCUUUUUAUAUGAAAAUGGCUAUUCACCAUAUCACUAUUGCUUUGAAAAUAAAAAACAAUAAGCAUGUUAAGAAUUUACUGAAACGUAUCAUCAUAGAAGGUUGAUUUGCUUGACUGUCAUCCAGUACUGCACUAGCAUAAAACUUGGGUGGUCAUAGUACGGCUGAUACAAAUGUUUAUGUUGAAUGGCUUAAGUUUUCAGAUAUGAAAAUGUUGUAACACAGUAUCUUCUUUGAUUUAGAAAUGAUACCCUGUCUCAGAAGGCAGUUACAGUUUUCCCAGAUAACUUUAUUCAUUGAGGUUUUAUGAAAAAUCAAUAAAAGAUAUCAUAGUGUGUAUAUUCGUGCCGUGAAGAUAGUGAAUGUUUGAUACAUUGUAAUAUAGGCACAUAUAAAUACCGGUAGUUCCUUUUUUAUAAAGCUGUGUAAUCUUGAUAGGUAUUGUUGAAAUUUGGGAGAAUUAUAUUGGGUCCUUAAAUACCCAUUAAUUAACUUACAUCAUUUGUGUAUCUGCUUCAGUUACUAAGUUAAGUUAUGCAUUUGCUCAAUUUCGAAAAUUAGAGGCAGUGUUUGAAAUAGGGAGACCUCUAUUUUCUGAUUAGAUUGUCAUAAAUUGACUCUUGAAAUUUCUAAACAAUAAGGCACCUGUAGUGGAUUAUAAUGUAAAUAAACCAUUAUAGAAUGAAAAGGAAGACUUUGUCAUAAUAAGAUAACCCAAAUUUAUAGGAAACAAGGAGAUAAGGUGUGGACGUGACUCUUGGUUUGUGGUAGAAGUGGGAGGAUUGAAUGUGGUUGGCAAGACUAGUUUGUGGCAGAAUUAGAAAGAUUAGUGGUGGCUGUAAGGACUGUUGGGUUGCAAGAGUAGAAGAAUCAUUUGUAGUUGUAGGACCUAGUUUGAGGCAUUACAACUUUAUAAAGGUACUGUAUAUGAAUAUAUCUCCACUACAUUAGAUACAGGAAUAAAUCUUGAGAGUGCUUCCAUAGUAAUUCCCUGACAAGAUAUUCUUAUUUUCUUGAAAUUGUAACAUGAUUUACUGUGUUAUUUUUAUAAAUUAACAAAUUGGGUGAUAGUAUAUAUAUAUAUAUAAUUAUAUAUACAAUUAUAAUUAUAUUAUGUGAGCCUUUAACUAACCUAUUCUCAUCUGUUUUCUGUGGUUUCUUUUCAAUUGAUUAUUUGAUAUGUAAUACAGGGUAUGUAAUCUCAUAUGUGAGUGUACCUGAUUCUUGUCACAACUAUAUAAUGUUAUAUGGAGUAUUCAUUUGGCAUUACUGGAAUUUUGUUCCUUAUCAUUCAUUUUGGAAUGACUAAAGCAUUACAUCUAGUGGUCUGUUUUACAUAUUUUUAUCACACUAAGUAAAGUUAUGAAUUAGUAAAAAUACUGCUCCUCAUAAAUGUAACUAGAUACAGAGAUCGCCUUUAAGGAAAUCAGUAUGGUUCACUAUAUAUCAUUUUGGGUUAUUCCUGUGAUUUAUAGUUAUAAUUACAGUGGAACCUUGAGUGACGAGCGGCUCCAGUUACGAGCAUUUUGAGUAACGAGCAAGCCACUCGCAGAAAAUAUGUCUCGACUGAUGAGCCUUUCCUCAAUUAAUGAGCAUUCCUGCUGGUUCUUGGACACCUCCGACAACAGUUUUGUUGUUGUUUCAAAAGACGUGUUUUCCACACGACGAGUUCGGUGCCGGAACGAAUUAAACUCGUUAAUCGAGGUGCCACUGUAUCAUCAUUACCAUAUUUCUCAUUUUGAUGGGGUGGUGCGAGUCGAGUCUAGAGAAUGUAGCAGAGUAGUAACAGAAGAGAUGGUUAAAUGUAUUAAGGGCUAAUAGCCAACCAUUCAUCAUACUGUAUCUUAAAACACUAAGUACUGUAGCAUCAUAAAGGCCCAGCACCACCACACAUCACAAAAACUUUAUACUGUAUUGUAUAAUGGCAUAAGAUAUAUAUUUAACUAGUUAAUUACUCAUAAACUAAUGUAUGAGCCACUUGGUGUAACCAAAAUUAGUCACAAUUGUAUUUGUAUCAAAAGCUGCACUGAGAUAAAGAUGUUAAAUGUAUGUGCUGAGUUUGAGUAAAUAAUCUGAGCCCAAAACACUGCUUCUUCAAUUUGUUAAAUUCAUAAAUUAGUCAUGCUGAUCCUAAAGCUAGCAAUUCAAGAUUUAGAAGUGGUGUAAUGGGCAGUAAAGAGCAAUAAUUGUGUUACAGUGGGCACAGUACCCAAGAGUAACGUUAAUUCAAUGUUACUUAUGGAUAUCGUGCCCACUGGGAUGUUAUAUUACUGAGAUUCAAUAUUUAUCUUGUGCACACUUUUAUACUUAUUUAUUGUAUCGAACACGUAAAUAAUUUUUUAACUUGUUGAUAAAUCUCAAUUGUUGUGUAUAUGGAAUAUAAGAUGAACAAAAUAUAGAAUACAUAAAUGAGUGAUUAGACUUAUAUCAAGUUCAACAAAUUAAUAUCGGAUGCUGGAAUACAUGUGUUUAGUUUAGAUUUUUUAAAUAUUCCAAAUACAAAAUAAAAACAGAAAUUACUGCUGAUAAUUUUUUUGGGUACAGUUCUCUACUGUAAUUGUUUUUGUAGCAAAAAUUUGUGCUUGCAUUCGUGAGCAUAGUUCCUGGUCUGUGUUCAUGUUUUCUUUGUUUAAUCAUUGUACUGUACAUCAUUGUGGACAGUUGUUUCCUUGCUGUGUAUCAAAAUUAAAACAUUCUGUAAUUAGUGAAAUAAGAAAAGGUGACCCAGAGAUGGUUUGAAGGAUCAAUUCUUCCAUGGAGACUUGCAGCGCAUUCAUCUUUGAGUCGCCUAACAGCACUUACAAUACAAAGUGUUCUAUUAGUCACAUCCUCCCUAGUGAAAUCCUCAUUUCCACAAAAUAAUGACAUUGGAAAUUUUUUUUUUGUUAGUCUCCUCUUGAUAACUGCUAUAUAAUUUAAGUACUGUAACAUCAGAAGACCUGUUGGAUAAUAAGUACAGCAAAUGCUAGGUAGUUACAGUAGUUCAUAAUUUAAUUAAUUUUCAAAAUCUCUGGACUUUCUAGAAGAAUCCUGAAUAUGCCCCUAAUUACAGCUUUAGGUAUGGGGAUGAAAAGACUCGUUCAAUAUACUGGAAUGGCUACUCAGUGCUCAAAUCAUUCGAUCAUUCCGUACCAUUUGUGAUACACCAUUUGAUGUAAUGGUUUACUGUCCAGAAUUCUGUACCAAUUUUAUUUGACAAGUGAUGCAAUGAUGCAAGUUGCAUGUCAACAACUUCUUGUAUUUAUCUACAAAAAAAUAUUACCUUUAAGUGUGCUGCAUAUGCUUUCUAUUGAUCAAGUGGUAAUGACUAGUAAAACACUACAUUGUUAGUAUUAGUGAAAUGAUUUUUGUUUCAUAAAUGUAAAAUUCUCACAUUGUAUGCAUUAGGAAAUUUUUUAAUUAGUCUGGUAAUAGUGUUCAUGUGCUUUUUGUUUUUUAAUGUACAGUAGCAUAUACAGAUGAACCAUUUCUGAUUGUUUAAUCAGGAAAGUAGGUCUGUAGAAAUUGUUAAAUUCUUCUAAACUGUGCAGGCAGAAAAUGUUCAAAGUGGAGAUAUAUAAAUGCUGUACUGUAAUAAGAUUCUCAUUUAUGAAUAGGUUUGGCACUUCUAGCAUAAGCGUUAGAUUUGGAAGAUGUGAAGACUUUCGGUUACUCUUUACAUUGUUAAUUAUCAAAGAUGGCAUUGAUGAAGUGAAACUGGAAGAAGAGCAAGUAUAGUAAAAGUAUGUGAAAAAUAAUAAUUGCUGUUGGCUCUGGACCCUUGGGAAAAGUGAGAAUGUUUUGUGUGAAUGUAUAAAAACAAAAAUCCCUUGACUGCAAAUGUUUGAAAUGGGGUAAUUAGUUGAUAAUUAAUGUGUAUUAUUGUAAUACUGUACAGUGCAGUAAUCAGAGUGAUUGAAUAGCAAGAACGUAGGGGAUAUAAAAGUAUAGUAAAUAAAACACUUGGUGAAUUUAAAUGUGCAGUAUUUUAUUAAUUUAGAAUAUGUUGAAAAUGUGGCAGAUAAGAGAUUUAUGCCAAGAUUGCCCAUAGCAUGGUUGGAGGCAGAAAGGCAGGCAAGCUUAAGGAGCAUGUUUUUAGUACAAAUUAGUGAGUACUAAGAGACUGCUGCCAGGAUAGGAUUGCAAGUUACUAAGGAAGAUUUUGCUUAAUAUGGACGAGGUAUCUAGGCUCUCUUGACGAGUGAUACAGCCAUAAAAAUCACUGCCAUUUUGCACCUACAUUUAUUAAAACUGUGUGUGAUAAUGUACACUCUAUGAACUGCAUGUAAAUGUGGAUGAUACACAAAUGCAUGAUUUAGAAAAUGAGCUUUUGCUUUCCACCCUAAAGAUAAGCUAGUUAAAUUUGUUUACUGUAGACUUUGAAGAUGUUUGCGUUGUAAUAGCAGUAUUUUUAUAUAAUCAGUGAUGUUUUGGUAUUUGGCUUAUUGCCUGCAUAGAAAUAUUGUACUUUUAUUGAGGAAUGUGAUAAAAGGAUUGUCCAAUUUGCUGUAAUGACCGAAAUAAUAUUGUUUACAGAAAAACGAAUGGAUGGUUUUUUGGCAUGAUAGUUUUAGCUUUAAUACUAAAUGAGGUCCAUUACUUCCUGGUUAUAAUUGUUAUAACUGUAUGGAUUAUAUGUAAGUACAAAUAAUGAUUAAUUUUAAUUACUGUACAUUUAUGUGAGCAAAGUAGUUUAGUGUAUUUUUCAGUUGUCAGCCAUUCAACUUCAUUAGUUUGUUUUAAGAAUGUAUGAAAUGAAGUGAUUGCAAUAUUAUGCAUCAUUAAGUUUAAGUUUGUAUUGUGUAAAUAUGAAAUAGUAUGGUAAUUCUAAAAUGAAGUGUUUUAGCCCUCAUUCAAAAUUAUUUCAUAGUUAUGUUUUGUACAGUAUUUCAUAAAUACAGUGCUGAAAGAAAUGUACUGUAUUUGUUUAAUUGGCCUGUAAGCUACAUAAUUAUUUCUAAUAACCAUUUAUCUGAGAUACACUAUUUGUAGACUUUGACUCCAUUGUUAAUUGAACUGCAAGUCACUUUUAGAAAAUAUGGACUGAACUAAAAAAAAAUACCAUGCAGACUCAUUUAUACAACCCAUUUUACAAUAAAUUACCUGAUUUUA